GUCCAUCGUCUGAGGUCAGUGGAUAAUUUAUUUGUUGUUGUUCAGGAGUUCAAAGACUAUCAAUUUAAAGAAAACAAGGAGGAUGCUCUAAAGGAUUUGGAAGAUUUGGUUAAAAACCUGCCUUGGACCGAUCCGUUGAAAGUUUGGGAGCUGAACAACAGCUUAAAAAAGAAAAAGACAAAACGCAAAAAGCCUAGUCUGCAGAGUACUGCAAGCAAAGAGAAGCUGAAUGAGGAUGGAGAAGAGGAAGGAACAGAUCAAACAGACGCCAGUAAACAGGAGGACUGUGCCCAAAACGCUGCAGGGGUAGAACCCGCUAGCAGCCAGGAUACGGAAAAGACACAAGGAGUGGCAUCCCAAAAUGCGGGGGAGGAGGAGGACAAUGAACACUCAGAUGCUAAAGACGAAUUGCAGACGGGUUCUGGGGAUGAGCCCAUGGCUGGUGAUGGUAAGCCAGGUGAAGGAGAGGUGAAGGUGUUGAGGUUCCGUGUUACAUGCAAUAGAGCAGGAGACAAGCACAGCUUCACGUCCAACGAGGCUGCGAGAGACUUCGGUGGAGCUGUGCAGGAGCACUUCCAGUGGAAAGCUGACAUGACUAACUUUGAUGUAGAGGUUCUUCUGAAUAUUCACAACAAUGAAGUAGUUGUGGGCAUUGCCUUAACUGAAGAGAGUCUGCACAGAAGAAACAUUACACAUUUUGGACCCACAACUCUUCGUUCAACUCUCGCUUAUGGCAUGCUUAGACUCUGUGAUCCACAGCCAACAGAUAUCAUAGUUGAUCCCAUGUGUGGUACGGGUGCAAUACCAAUAGAGGGAGCUACUGAAUGGCCUAGCUGCUACCAUAUUGCUGGUGAUAACAACCCACAAGCUGUAAAGAGAGCAGCAAACAACAUCUGUUCUUUACUAAAGAAAAAGGAAAAUAAAGAAAGCAGUACUUCCUUGGGCAUACCCUUAGACAUCAUUCAGUGGGACAUUUGCAAUCUCCCUUUGCGGACUGGUUCUGUGGACGUUAUCGUGACAGACAUGCCAUUUGGAAAGAGGAUAGGGUCUAAGAAGAAGAACUGGGACCUCUACCCAGCCUGCCUUAUGGAGAUGGGGCGGAUCUGCACACCGGGGACAGGCAGGGCUGUGCUGCUUACACAGGACAAGAAAUGCUUUGCCAAGGCCUUGUCACGAUUGGGACACAUCUGGCGCAAAGGUCAGACCGUGUGGGUGAAUGUAGGGGGACUCCAUGCUGCAGUGUAUCUUCUGAAACGCACCUGGGAAAGAGCAGAAGAAAAGAGGUCAUUCUGGUAACCUGUGUGGAAGAAAAGAGACACC